AUGGAGGUCAUCCAACCGCCGCCCGUGCUCACGGAUGGUGUGAUAACCCUCCGUCCCCAGCAACCCUCCGACACCCAGCGCAUCUACGAGCGGUCGAUCGACCCCCUUGCGGUCAAAUACACCACCAUCCCCAGCCCAUACACCAUCCAAGACGCCAAAGACUUUGUCGCCCUCACCAACUCGCCGACAUGGACACAGAUGUGCUGGGCAAUCGAGGUCGACGGCCAGUUUGCCGGCGGGAUCGACUGGCGUCCGUACCCGGGCUCGAGGGGCAUGCAGGGAGACGUGGGGUUCGCCAUGCACCCGGACGCGCGCGGGAAGGGAUACCUCUCUCGCGCACUCACGCUGAUGCUGGGCCUCCUGGACGACGCUGGCGUCCGUACAGUGCGGUGGCACGCGCUGAUGGGCAACGUCGGCAGCCUCAAGGUCGUGUGGCGCGCUGGGUGGCCCGUGGCCACUUGCGUACCGGGCCUGGACGUGCAGCGCGGUGUGCUGAAGGACUGCUGGAUUGCGACGCGGAAAAGGGGAGAGACACAGACGAUGGGGUGGGACGAAUACCUUGCAGCCUCGAUGCCACGAGCUGGCUGGGCCGGUGUCGAACGUGACGAUUGGGCCGAGGCGAUCGACACGACUCGAAAAUGA